AUGGUGAUGACCAGCCAUGAUGAUGAUGAUGAUGAUGAUGAUGAUGAUUACAACGAUGUUGCCGCUGGAAAACCGAGCAGCAACUGUGGCAACAUUGGGAAGUGGGUCAGCAACUUUCAGUGCCACAUGAUCAUGUGCAUCCCUAUAAAAAGUGCACCGAUGAUGCAACUGCAACCGAUCGUUGAAAUGCUUUCCGCAACUGCAGUCAACAUUAUUUUAGCGGCUCUGAUAGCUGCAAUAAUCCUGCCAUCGGCCAUUAUUGCCUCUCCCUUGGAAGAUGACUCCGUGGACAGACCAAACACCGAUUAUGCGGCAUUAUUUAAAGCUUUUCUGGACAUGGGAAAUGCUCUUUUCGGAACUUGGACUCCCGAAGGAGCCGUAGAGGAAUUCAUAAGAAUUCGGGAAGGCCAAGGUGUUGGAUUUUAGGAAAUACCACCUCCACACACCUCACCACUUUGCCACUUUGCCCACUUUGAGUUGCAUAAGUUUUGCAUGCAUCAAUAAACAUUUAAACAAAUCGA